CCGCCCGUCGGGCCGCCCCCGGCCGGGCCUCGACCCCGGACGCGUGUCCCGUCGCGGGAGCCGCAGCCGCAGCGGGGAUGCCGAGGCCCAAGAAGACCCCCCAGGCGCGGGGGCGCGGAGUGGCGGCGGCCGAGCAGCUCGGGCUCUUCGCGGACCCGAGGCCCGAGGAGCCGCUCCUGGGAGUGGAGGACGGUGAGGACGACGACCUGGAGGCCGAGCUCCUGGCCAUUACCGGGGAGGACAGACCCCCCCAGAGCCGGCACAGGCCCCCGCCGGCCAAGGGGCCCCUCCCCACGGAGCACAUCGAGAAGCUGGCGGAGGACUGCGUGAGGGACCCCGACGAUGAGGCGGCGGAGGAGGAGGAAGGGCUGGAGGAGGACCCGGACCUGCUGGCGGAGCUGCGGGAAGUGCUGGGGGAAGAAGCGCCGGGGGAAGAAGAGGUGUCGGGGAGCACGGAGGGAGAGGCGGCCCCGAGCUCGGCCCCGCCGGGGAACCAGGUUUCGCCGGCGGGCGGCGGCGGGCUGCUGGGGCUGCUGGAGGAGCGGAGGGCCGCGUACCGGGAGGCCGUGCGGAACGCCGGGGAGGCGGGCGAGGCCGCCAGGCUGCGGCGCUACCAGCGCGGCCUAAAGACCCUGGAGACGCUGUUAGCCGCCGCGAUGAAGGGCGGAGACGUCGACGAGGAUGAGAUCCCCCCCCCCGUGGCCGCGGGGAAGAGGACGGUACCGCCGCCGGCGGCCGCGGCCCCCGGUCCGGCCCCGGCCCCGGCCCCCGGCCCCGGCCCCCCGGGCCGCCCCGCGGCGGCCGGGCCCCCGCCGCCGCCGGGGGCCCCGGCCCUCCUGCGGGAGCGCCGGGCCCAGUACCGGGCCGCGGCCCUGGCGGCCAAGCAGCGCGGGGACCCGGAGCGGGCGCGGGCCUUCCUGAGGAUCGGCAAGAGGUUCGGGGCCGUGCUGGACGCCCUGGAGCAGGGACUGCCCGUGGACUUAAGCGACAUGCCACCGCCGCCACCGGACCCCAGAGGCCCAGGGGACGCCCCGCCGCCCUCCCCCCGCCCGGAGCGCUCGCGGCCGGCGACGGCGCCCGGAGCCCCAGCGCCCGGGUCCGCGUCGGUGCUGGAGGCCCCGGAGCGGAGGCGGGAGCGCUACCGCGUGGCGGCAGAGCAGGCCCGGGCCGGCGGGAGGGAGCGCGAGGCCCGGAUGCACGACAGGAUCGUCCAGCAAUACCAAGGCGCCGUCGGGGCCCGUAAAGCUGGCGGAGAAGUGAAUUUUGCGGAAUUGCCGGUCCCGCCUGGAUUCCCCCCGAUCCCCGGCUCGGAGCCCCCCGGCCCCCCGGAGGGAAACGACGUUAAACGACGGGCCCGGCCCAGCGCCGGCCGGGAGGAGCGGGAGGUGACGCCGGCUCCGCGGACCCGGCGGGGCGGCGACGCGGAGCCGGCGGGGCCGAGGGCGGCCGAGGCCCCCGAGGGCGGCGGCGCCGAGGCGGCUUCCCCGUUGACAGACGACGACGACGACGACGACUUCGUCCUCGUGCACCACGCCGACGUGCGGCUCUGUCGGGCGGAGGACGUCUCCGCCCGGCUGCUGAGGCUGCUGCGGGAACAGCGCCAGCGCUGCCUGCUCUACUCCACCCGGUUCACGCACUUGGGCGACGUGGCCGAGACCGCCCGGUUCGAGAAGCUGGCCCGGGACGCCGAGACGCAGGUGGAGAUGGUGCAGCUGGCCCGGGCUCAGGGCCGCCCCCCGCCCCGCCACCGCUUCGAGGAGAGGACCUUCCGCACCGUGAGGAUCUUCUCGGAGCUCAACAGCACGGAGAUGCACCUGCUCGUCGUGCGGGGCCUCAACCUCCCUGCUCCCCCAGGGGUGAGGCCCGACGACCUGGACGCGUUCGUGCGGUUUGAGUUCCCCUACCCCAGUGCGGACCGGGCUCAGAGAGACAAGACCGCCGUCGUGAAGAACACCAACUGCCCGGAGUUCGACCAGCUUUUCAAGCUGAGCAUCAACCGCAACCAGCGCAGCUUCCGUCGGGCCGUCCAGGCCAGAGGACUCAAGUUCGAGAUCUUCCACAAAGGGUCUUUCUUCCGGAGCGACAGGUCGGUGGGAACGGCCCACCUGAAGCUGGAGAAGCUGGAGUCGCUCUGUGAGGUCCGGGAGAUCAUGGAGGUCCUGGAUGGCCGGAGACCAACCGGGGGGAAGCUGGAGGUGAGAGUGAGGCUGAGGGAGCCCCUGAGCGGGCGGGACGUGCAGACGGUCACCGAGAACUGGCUGGUCUUGGAGUCCCGGGGCCCCUGAGGGUCCCGGCGCCCGAGAGGCGCCCGCCGCCGGAGGCCGGGGCGGGGCCGGUCCCGGCGGAUGGAUCCCUUAACCUGGCCUCUCCCCGAUGGGGAGCCUCCCCGGCCUCGAGCCGCUCCCCGACACGGCCCCCCCCCCCCCCGGCCCCCGCCGACCCCCCCACCGCCUGCCUCUCGGGGCUCCGACGCCGCGGGGGGACGGGCGGGCGCCCGCUCGGCUCCCUCUCCCUGCCCCGCCGAACCCGUGCCUUCGCCGCCGACCGCCCGCCGCCGCGCCCCCGGAUCGGAAGAGCGGAGGAGGGGCCCGGCUCCCCCCGCCCGGCCCGCGCCGGGCCCGUCGCCGGAGCCCCCGGCCCCCGGAACGGCCCGGCCCCGACAGAGCCGUCUGUGACUCCGUCUUCCCGAACGGAGGGAGACGGGAGGAGUGUGCAGUUUCGGUCCAUUUAAUAUACAAAACUACAUGUCGAAACCAAAAAUAGAA